AUGCAGGUUGUCUGCGAACAAAAUGUCUCGCUAGGGCGAGAGAGCAGUAUACAGAAGCGAUCGGUUACAACAACCAGAGCAGGCUUGAGUAAGCGGGAUCUUGAAGGGGAAGGGUCAUUCUGGCCACAGAACUCAAACCUGAUUCUUGGAAACCCGAAUCAGUUGUUAGUACAUCUCGCCGGGCAGGGUCAUGCAGCAGAAAAGGUUGCCAACUCGUUUUGCGCGGAAGAUGCACCAUCUGUAAUGGACAUGCUUCAAUUUCAUCUGGAUGAAGAAAGCAGCCGUCAAGAUCCCUACCUGCGAAAAACCUGCAUCCAAUGCCUAUUACAUCUCAACAAGCGACAUGGUACACUUCCUACAUCAAUGUGGCUUUCCAAGGUUGCCAAAGAAGGGUCACAUCCAGUAUCUGGUGGAGGUUUUGCUGAUAUAUGGAAGGGACACAUGGAAGACACGCAAACAGCAGUCUGUCUCAAGGUGUUACGAGUGUUUACUGCUACGUAUAAUGAGAAAAAGCUUCUGAAGUUCUCCUCUGGCGGCAACCUAGACACCCAAAUAUACUUCAAUUUCUUGGAAACCGAAGAAUUUUUCCGGCCUAGCUACUGCAUUGUUUCUCCAUGGAUGGCGAAUGGUGAUGCCGUGACGUACUCUUUGGUUUACAGGAGUACUUUGGAUGAGAAAAUCAAGAUGAUGUCUGAAAUAAGUGAGGGUAUACGGUACCUUCACGAACACCAUCCGCCUAUCGUACACAGCGACAUCAAAGGUUUGAAUAUCCUCGUAUCUGAUGAUGGGGAAUGCUGCCUUGCCGACUUCGGGCUCGCUACGAUCGAAAAUGAAUCCUUAGAGGGGCAGGUUCAUUUGAGCAUGAGCCAAGUGGUGGUUCAUGGUUCUGUACCAUGGCUUGCACCCAAGUUGAUGAACCCAAGUCAUAUCGGCGUACCUAGCCGGACUGCGAGGGAUAUCUAUGCACUCGGCUGUACAAUUUUUGAGCUUCUCACAGGCAAUGCACCGUUCUUUGAGAAGAAGAUGGAUAUUCAAGUUAUGACAGAGGUUCUGAAGGGGUCGAGACCGGGUCAACCAUCCGAUUGUCCAGAUUGGCUGUGGGCGGUUGUGGAGAGUUGUUGGAGGGAAGAAUUUGAACUGCGCCCAGCUGCUGCUGAGGUGGCCAGUCGGUUUGUUUGGAUGUCACGCCAACGCGAGCCGUCUGGGGAUGUUUCCGUGUCAACAGGAAUGUCCAGAGACUCCAAAGUAUACGGCCCGACUGGACAAUCUGGGUCCGGAGACCAUGUCGACGAGAGAUGUCUCCGGUUGACCACGGCCGGGUUGCCCGUUUUGUCCAUUCCAUAUGCAGAAACGAUGUGGACAUCCAUUCAGGUUUCUCACAAGGACGUGCCAGGAAGGCACUCUGCGACUGCUCAGCCCGAUUACAUGACACAGCGUAGCAACUCUCAAAGUCCGACCUCCUGGGCAUCUUCAAGCCGCUUAUCGACUUCUCCUACAGGUCCUGAGCAACAGGCGGCAAUAGUAUUCUCAGAUUCGAGAGAAGAAGCCAAAUUGCCGCCAAGGAUAACGCGAUUCAAGGACUCGGUAAAAAUGACCCUUUCACGAACACGAAAUGGCCUCGUUCGAAGACUACCAUGGAGGUUGUUUAGUAAACGUUUACCUCACCAAGAUGACUAUGCCAUUGGCUACUGUCCCACCAUCGGUACGAUUGGAGAGGUAGAAUCAUUCGAUUCUAGUAGGUUGGGUGAUAAUGACCCUUAUCGUCGCGAUCCUCAACUUCAAUGUGCCUACGAGAGGGAGGAUAUGUGGGAUGAUGUCUCUCUUCAAGAUGCCUGGAAAAACUUUCAAGCGAGAGUCUUUAGCCUAUCCAUGUAG